GGGGCUUCCUAGCGUUGAAAUUCACCUGUGAUCGGGUGGGGCCUCAGCUGCCAAUUUAAAGUCAGGAGCGAGAGUCCAGGCCUGGGUGAGGCCACCUGGGAGGGACCAGGAGGAAAUGGGACUUUAGGACGGAGGAGGGCUCUGAGGAUGAGCGCUCCCAGGGAUGGGGGUAGAGAACUAGGGGCACUCACAGAGUUUGGAAAGCACAGGAGUCCUGGCCUGGGGCUCCCUGCCGGAGAUGGGGAGGAGCAGUCCCGGGGGUUGUGGUGAGGCUGGGGAGUUGGGAGCCUACAGUGGGGGAGAUGAGGUGACAGGUCCUCUACUGGCUCCUUCCCAGGGUCUGCUGUGCCUGGUGCAUGGCUGGCGUGUGGGGUGGAGGAGAUAACACACUGGGGGUCAGAUGACUGAGGGAGGGUCACCCACCAAGCUCGCUGCCUCCCAGCUGGCCCCUGCCGGGCACUGUCGGAGGCCUGAGUCCACGAGGCCUCAGUGGAUGGCUCACCUGGCCAGAUGGUGUACGUGGGCCUUGGCUAGGGCGGGGGCUCUGGCCGAGUGGGCAUCGGGGCCAGCCUGAGCUGCCCACGUGACCUGCUUCCGAGCAGUGUGGGGAGGGGCUGCCCCAGAGGAGCAGGGCGCGGCGACAGAGCUGGUUUCCAGACAAACAAGAGGAAAGAAUGUUUUCAGAACUGAGACAGAAUGCGGGGCCAUGGCGGUGGCUGAGGCUGAACGUGUAGGCGGGCAGCCGCCAGCAGGUGUAACUUAGCUGGGACAGAGAUAUCAGUCAGCCAGGUCCAUGGGCUGCCACAUGUGGACCCUGUGUGCGGCAGGUGUUAGGGCUUCGGGCAGAGGGCGGGGUGGUCCUGUAAGGAGCAGGGUGCUGCCAGGCCCGGAGUUACUGCCAUCUCAGAAGCUAUAGUUCGUCUUAAAAAUGUUUUUCUCACCUUCAGUGGAAGAGGUGUACAAUACUUGCAUGCACACGUGUGUAUAACAGACUGCCUAGGUGCUCUACCCCUCCCAUGUGGACCCUCCCUCUCUGGAGCGCUGGGGCAGGGACCUGCGGUGGCCCCUGCCUGCCGGCAGAGCCAACUGGUGGAAUUUCCUGCAGGUGGGGAGGGAGCCCCACUUCUUACCUGUGCCCGUCACCACCAGGAGGAGGGGGAUUUCCAGCCCCUGCGGGAGGCUCCCCGCCCGAAGCUUCAGGUUAACUGUUAAGCAGAGAAUCCUGUCUCUUGGUUCAGAUUUUAAAGGCACCGAAGACAUAGAACAGCCUCUGCCUUGGGGCACCAGGAUGAGAGCUCUGUGUGGGAGGAAGCAUGUGCACAUGUGUGCACGCGUGCCUGUGCUUGUCUCCCCUCGCGCCCCACAGUGCCGGCAUACCAGCCGUCCUUCUGUCCCAGGGGCCCCCGGGGCUUGUCUUUCCUGUCUCCCCCAAACCCGGGUGGCUGUGGGGUCAGGGAGAGCCUGGCACGGCCUCCAGAGUGUUGGGAGAGGCAGCGCUCGUCCAGCCAGGGGGCAGAGCAGAGGGGCUGUCCUCAUGGGCCACCCCUUCUAGACACAAGCCCAGGGCUUCACGAGGGCAGCACACACACGUCCAGGCACGUGGGGCUAGCACCACACAUGCGUGCCACACAUGUGGCUGACACAUGCUCCCAGGCACACAUCACACCCAGGAUACCUGGGUGCUUGACCAGCAGUGCAUGUUGGGUCUGCGUGGGUGGCUUAUCCUCUUCCAGUCCUGGAGGCUGGACAUCGGAGACCCAGGUGUGGGCAUGGCCAGUGUUGCUGUGUAGACAGCUGUUUUCUGUGGGUCCUCAUGUGGUCGGCUUCUGUGCAUGUCUGUGCCGUGACCUCCUCUUAUGUGGGCACAAGCCACACGGGAUCAGGCCCACCUGUGACCCCACCCCGCCAUCAUUGCCCCCUAAGAGGCCCCUUCUUCCAGCAUAGCCGCAUGAGGGUCGGGCUUCCAUGUGUGGGUCGUGGCUCUAAUGUGAAUUCAGCCCCUGGCGCCUCCUGCUGUGCUCAGGGACAUGCAGCUGCUUUCUCACACCUGCACACGCCUGCAUACACUUGCCCAGGCUGGCACUCACUGUGGGCACUGGUCAGGAGGUGCCCAAUCCACCAGAACUGCUGGCAUUGGUCUGGGCUACUUUUGGACACUUGGGCCAGUGACCGUGCUCCGGAGCCCCCAGUACCACCUCCCCUCCCCCAUAGUGGAUGCCUGACUCUGUGUGCUGCCCUAGCUCACCCAAUGACUCUGGGCACCCUUUGGCGGAGCGGAGGGGAGGAUUGGCAUCAGUGCAGCUCCCCCACUUCUCCUGAGGGUUCAGCCCUGCAGAGAGAGUGGGAGUCUAGAAGCAGCGAGCCAGGUGAAGGUGUCCCAAGACCAUUCUGGUUGGGGCAGCCAAGAUGCCUGGCCGAAGGGGCUCCGGCUCUACUUCACCGUGAGACAGGAGUGGGAGUGUCCUGUGGUGGUGCAGACCAGCUGGGCUGGAGAUCUGGCCUGGCCCUAGUAGGGCUGGGGGAGCUGCGGGUCCCUCCUCGGGCCCUGGGCCUGCCGGCUGGGCUGAGCUGAGGCCUGUGGGCCCCGGACCAGAAGAGAAGGCUGGGAGUAGGCUUCCCAGACUAGCUGCCUUCCAGCACUUCCUGGGGCCCUCCUAGUCCCCUCCUGGUCCCCUCCUCCUGCCCUCCCCACCCCUCCCCCGCAGCCCUUAUAGCCACAUCCUGCAAGGAAAAACCCCAGACUCCCAGAGCCUCGGAGCUGAGAGGAGCUGAGAAUGUGCGUGGGGACCCAGCCGCCCAGGGCGCCGGGCUCAGCCCUCCUGCUCCUUGGGCUCGUGCUGAGUGCUGCGGCCCAGCCCCACUGUACUGGGGACACCUACCCCAGUGGCAACAGGUGCUGCAAAGAGUGCCAGCCAGGUUAUGGGAUGGAAAGCCGCUGUAUCCACAACCGGGACACAGUGUGCAGCCCGUGUAAGCCCGGCUACUACAACGAGGCCGUCAACUAUGAGCCCUGCAAGCCCUGCACCCAGUGCAGCCAGAGAAGUGGGAGUGAACCCAAGCAGAGAUGCACACCCACCAGAGACACGGUCUGUGGCUGCAGGCCGGGCAGCCAGCCCCAGGACAGCUACGGCUACAAACGUGGAGUUGACUGUACCCCGUGCCCACCAGGACAUUUCUCCCCGGGCAAUGACCAGGCCUGCCAGCCCUGGACCAACUGCACCUUGUUAGGAAAGCGAACAUUGCGGGCGGCCAAUAGCAGCUCGGACGCCAUAUGUGAGGACAGGAGCCCCCCGGCCACACCACCGUGGGAGACCCAAGGCCCUCCAGUCCAGUCCACUACUGCCAAGCCCACCACCUCCUGGUCUAAGGCCUCACAGGGGUCCUCCAUGCCCCACACAGAGCCCCCCAAGGCCCCUGAGCUGUCCGCUGUCCUGGGCCUCGGCUUGGGCCUGGGCCUCCUUGCCCCUGUGGCUGCCAUGCUGGCCCUGCUCCUCCACCACAGGGCCUGGAGGCUGCUGACCAACACCCCCAAACCCCCAGGGGGAAACAGCUUCCGGACCCCUAUCCAAGAGGAGCACACUGAUGCCAACUCCAGCCUGGCCAAGAUCUGAACAACGUCUGCUGGGGUGGGAGCCGGUGACCCCUCCCCAGGAUGGGGCCCCCGAGGGGCAGGGGGCCCCCCAGGUGCAGGUUGCCCCCCUGUCACCCCUGUGCGUGGCACCCUGACCCCUGCCCUGUGCCGUUUUAGGUGCUCCUGGGCUGGCCCUGGGCUCUGCUACGUAUGCUGUGCAUACUCCCCGCCCAGGGUGGGCCCCCAAUAAACGACGUUGGCAGA